GUGGUGUGGGGCCACAGGGAUCUGCGCCACGGUGAGACACGGCACGGUCACGGUAGCAGCAGAGGAGAGGGACUGGAGCGGGUUAAUGCGGUCCUUUAACACAGGACACUGCCGCACACACUUUCCCAGCAUUUCCGGAGAUAAGGGGGCGCUCAGGGCUAUCUGCAGUCACACAGGGAAGAGGAAUUUGUCCCAAUUCAACAUCUUUUUAUUCGCAAUUGAAUUGAAUCGUUGAAUCCGAACAGUGACCGGAGGGACGCGGUCAGUAGCUGCUGAUAGCCACAGCUCAGUGUCUGUCGGUUCUUCUCAAAGUACACACAGUGUUUUAAGGUACGUCUCCACACCACAGUGUGUUUGUGUGAGAAAAGCAGUGCGGGAAUUCAGGAGCUGUGUGUCCGCCAUGGAGAACGCACACACGAAGAGUGUGGAAGAAGUUUACAGUCAUUUCUGCGUCAAUGAAAGCACAGGACUUUCCCUGGACGAAGUCAAGCGGCAGAAGGAGAAAUGGGGCCUAAACGAGUUACCUGCUGAAGAAGGGAAAUCUUUAUGGGAGCUUGUCGUUGAACAGUUUGAAGAUUUACUUGUUCGAAUUCUUCUGCUUGCUGCGUGUAUAUCUUUUGUCCUGGCCUGGUUUGAGGAGGGUGAAGAAACAAUCACAGCAUUUGUGGAGCCUUUUGUAAUCUUACUCAUUCUUAUAGCCAAUGCCAUCGUCGGUGUGUGGCAGGAACGCAAUGCUGAGGAUGCCAUUGAGGCACUUAAGGAGUAUGAACCUGAGAUGGGGAAAGUUUACCGGCAGGACAGAAAAACUGUGCAGAGGAUCAAGGCCAGAGACAUCGUGCCUGGUGACAUCGUAGAGGUUGCUGUUGGAGACAAAGUACCUGCUGACAUCCGUAUCUGUUCAAUCAAGUCAACGACCCUGAGGGUUGACCAGUCCAUUCUGACCGGUGAAUCUGUCUCCGUCAUCAAACACACUGACCCUGUGCCCGACCCUCGUGCUGUCAAUCAGGACAAGAAGAACAUGCUGUUCUCUGGCACUAACAUAGCAGCUGGAAAAGCCGUGGGUGUGGCCGUUGCCACUGGUGUCAACACAGAGAUCGGCAAGAUCCGUGAUGAGAUGGCAGCCACCGAGCAGGACAAGACGCCCCUGCAGCAGAAGUUGGAUGAGUUUGGCGAGCAGCUGUCCAAGGUCAUUUCCCUCAUCUGCAUUGCUGUGUGGGUCAUCAACAUCGGACACUUCAAUGACCCCGUCCAUGGAGGCUCCUGGAUCCGUGGCGCCGUCUACUACUUCAAAAUCGCCGUGGCGCUGGCUGUGGCUGCCAUCCCUGAGGGUCUCCCUGCCGUCAUCACCACCUGCCUGGCCCUGGGCACUCGUCGUAUGGCCAAGAAGAAUGCCAUCGUCCGUAGCCUGCCAUCUGUCGAGACCCUGGGCUGCACCUCUGUCAUCUGCUCUGACAAGACAGGAACCCUGACCACCAAUCAGAUGUCUGUCUCCAGAAUGUUUGUAAUGAACAAAGCUGAAGGAGACAGCUGCUCUCUGUCAGAGUUCACUGUCACAGGAUCCACAUAUGCACCUGAAGGGGAAGUGUACCACGAUGGUAAACAAGUCAAGUCGUCGGAGUACGACGCCCUGGUUGAACUGGCCACCAUCUGUGCCCUGUGUAACGACUCCUCCCUGGACUUCAAUGAGGUGAAAGGUGUGUAUGAGAAAGUCGGAGAGGCCACAGAAACGGCGUUGACCUGUCUAGUGGAGAAGAUGAACGUCUUCAACACUGAAGUCCACAGUCUGUCAAAGAUUGACAGAGCGAACGCCUGCAACUCGGUGAUCAAGCAGCUGAUGAGGAAGGAGUUCACCCUGGAGUUCUCCAGAGACAGGAAGUCCAUGUCCGUUUACUGCACCCCCAACAAGUCUCGUUCUUCCAUGGGAAAGAUGUUUGUGAAGGGGGCCCCAGAGGGAGUGAUCGAGCGAUGCACUCACGUCAGAGUAGGAAACAGCAAAGUUCCCCUCACCAAAGGUAUCAAAGAAAAGAUCAUGUCCGUGAUCCGUGAGUAUGGGACAGGUCGUGACACCCUAAGGUGCCUGGCCUUGGCCACACGAGACACCCCCCCUAAAAUGGAGGACAUGGUUCUGUCUGACACAGCCAAGUUCUCAGAGUAUGAGACCGACUUGACCUUCGUUGGUUGUGUCGGCAUGUUGGACCCUCCCAGACAGGAGGUGGCUGCCUCCAUCACACUGUGCCGCCAGGCUGGCAUCCGUGUCAUCAUGAUCACAGGGGACAACAAGGGCACAGCUGUGGCCAUCUGCCGCCGCAUAGGCAUCCUCUCAGAGGAGGAUGACAUCGAGCACAUGGCCUUCACAGGAAGAGAGUUUGAUGAACUCUCACCAAGCGACCAGCGGGACGCUGUGACUCAUGCCCGCUGUUUCGCCCGCGUUGAGCCCUCGCACAAGUCCAAGAUCGUUGAGUUCUUGCAAGGAUUUGAUGAGAUCACUGCUAUGACAGGUGACGGAGUGAAUGAUGCCCCUGCUUUGAAGAAGGCAGAGAUCGGCAUCGCCAUGGGCUCUGGCACUGCAGUAGCCAAGUCAGCCUCUGAGAUGGUCCUCGCUGACGACAACUUCUCCUCUAUUGUGGCUGCUGUUGAAGAAGGCAGAGCUAUUUAUAACAACAUGAAGCAGUUCAUCAGAUACCUUAUCUCCUCCAACGUGGGAGAGGUGGUUUGCAUCUUUCUCACUGCCGCACUGGGUUUCCCUGAGGCUCUGAUCCCAGUCCAGCUGCUCUGGGUCAACCUGGUGACUGAUGGCCUCCCUGCCACCGCUCUCGGCUUCAACCCCCCUGAUCUGGACAUCAUGGAGAAGCCUCCACGAAACGCCAAGGAGCCCCUCAUCUCCGGCUGGCUCUUCUUCAGAUACUUAGCCAUUGGAGGCUAUGUGGGUGCAGCCACUGUGGGAGCUGCUGCCUGGUGGUUUAUGCUGUCAGACGACGGUCCCCAAAUCACUCUGUACCAGCUGAGCCACUUCCUCCAGUGCAGCCCUGACAACCCAGAGUUUGAAGGCCUGGACUGUGAAUUGUUUGAGUCACCGUACCCCAUGACCAUGGCCCUGUCUGUGCUUGUCACCAUUGAGAUGUGCAAUGCUCUGAACAGUCUCUCAGAGAACCAGUCCCUGCUGCGGAUGCCUCCUUGGGAGAACAUCUGGCUGCUCGGAGCCAUCUGCCUCUCCAUGUCCCUCCACUUCCUCAUCCUCUACGUGGAACCUUUGCCUGUCAUCUUCCAGAUCACCCCUCUGGACGUGACCCAGUGGCUGAUGGUGCUGAAGAUCUCCAUGCCCGUCAUCCUGCUGGACGAGGUGCUGAAGUGCAUGGCCAGGAACCACUUGGACUUUGGUAAAAAGCAGGAUAAGUCGAUGGUGAAAGGCUGCUCUCUGCCUGCAUGUGCCAAAGGCAUCUCCUGGCCCUUCGUGGCCGUGUCGCUGCCUCUGGUGCUGUGGAUCUACACCACUGACACUAACGUGUCUGCCAUGCUGUGGCCCUGACUGACUCCAGUUCACCCUCCCCCCCCCACUCCCGUGCACCAGUGUGAAGUGGACAUUAACACACAGCUAACACAGUUACAUUAACUCCGAACAAUGUAGAGUCGACACUUGCACCCGCUCUGACAGCCUGUGCUGGAAGAUCUUUUGUAUUUUACGACAUUUUCACUGAUAUAUUUUGGGGGGUGUUGGGCUUUUAAGUUGUAAUUUAAUGACUUUAACCGAUGUUGUGUCCAUGGGUUUUAUUAUAUUUUGACCAUCCUGCUUUUGGAGCGUGUAGAGAAGCCACUAUGUUGGAGCUGUGUGUCGAGCUUUACAGAGAAUUUACUCUAUUUUAUAAUAAUGAAUAUUUUGUAAUUUUGGGGAGGGACUGUCGGGAUCAGACUAAGGACGUGACUGCGUGGAACCGGAUUGUAUAAUCAUUCUAAUUCAGGGGGUGAAGACUUGAGAAUCUCUGUUGUCAUUUUUGAGCUCCAUGAAUCCUGGUCAUUCAUUAUUUUCUGCAUUAGGCAGAGCACAGCUACCUCAGUGCUAAUAAUAUAACCAUUACUUACCCAUGAGUCUUUACAUUUUACAGCUGGUCAUGUGUAGUGAGGUAAGCACCAGUUAGCCCUGACACAGAUUUUAAUGUUUAAUGUACGUUUUCUUUUCUCUGUUAUUGGAGGGAAGAGCAGACAGAGAUGUUACCUGUGUGAUAUUGACCUCCUUUUUUGUUUUAUACAGUCUGUCAUUAAAGGUCCAGUGUGUAACCUGUUUCCAUAGCCUCUGCCUUGCUUUACAGAGGCGGCCAUCUUGCACCACCAUGUUUCUACAGCAGCCCCGAGCAGCCGCAGCGUAUACUUUGCAUUUUUGCAUAAGCACAACAUCCUUCCUGAUGUGUGAAGGCCACCGUAGUUCACUGACAUGCUUGGAAAGGGAAUUUGUUACAAUGUGCAGUCUCACCAGUAGAUGUCACUAUUGCUUACACACUGGACCUUUAAGUUUGUUUACUUGAAGAAAAAAUUUCAUAAUUUCCUUUUUUUUUAAGUCACUAUUUUUUUUUUUAUAUAUAUCUUAAUUACUGCAAACUUUAUAAAUGUAAAAAUGUGCACAUACUGUACUUAAUAUUUAAAAUGGCACCAAGAAGCUGAGCACAACCUGGAGCUGAGAGUCUGAUCUGUAAAUAGCACACAAGCUACGACCUUUUGUAUCUUUAUUUGUUGUUGUGUUAAACUGCUUCAUACACUCACUCACACUCGCUCUGAGUCUUUGUGCAUGUGUGUUACAGUGAGACCAGGCCAGUGAGUGCUUUAUUCUAUAACCUGUUUGUUCCUGUGUCUUCCUCCUGUUUUUGGACCUGCAUGUCAACUCUCCUGAAAAGUCGCACACACGGUUCUUGUAGUCGGUCACUGUUCAUAUGAAAAUGGCAGCAGUGACGCAACUAUGGGAAUAAAUAGUCAUUUCAUUUCUAGCUUGGAUUUUUUUUUUGCUUUGAAAUUACUUUUUUUUCCCCUUCUGAAUUCAACUCUUUGGAUUUUAUUUUUGCCUUUUAUUUAACAUCACAGUUCAAUAACAACGUGGUUUAUAUAGCACUUUUCUAGUCUUGAUGACCUCGAAGCUGCUUUACCCCACACUUUUGCCAUUCAUCAUCUUCAUACAGCACAUUUAAUAUCAUUUUUCCAUUGUUAUUAUCAAGCUAUUAUGUGAUUACGGAAAUGCUAUACAAAAUAAUCACCAUACUAUCACCGUAUUUCCGCUGCACUGUAAAACUGUAAACAUUUGAAAACAUUUGCUGUAAUCUUUCAGAUUAAACUUCCAAAAUAACAAGGAUUAGCUGUCAAUCAUCAAUAUUCAGCCAAUCAGGAAAAUGCUGUGGUGGUCAUGUGACAACACAGACGACGUGUCACUGAGUGGAUGACGUGAAUGUUGGAUCAACUGCUUGUCCGUGAUGAUGAAUCAAAUUUUUUUUACCCUCAAAUUAUGGGCUGCAAAUGUGUCGGCUCAUAGAGUAUAUAUUGUUUUUGUCUUCAUUUGCAGUCUUUGGUGCUCACAGUGGUGAAAGACACAGAAACACUGAUGAAUAUGUUAGAGAGUUGAAUUCAAAGGGCAAAAAAAAAAAUAUUUCCAAUACUUUUUGACAAACUAAUUGUUUUUUUUAAAGCUUGAAUGGCACAAAGAGGGGGGCCGACAUUUAAUUUAGUUUGUUAGUUUUAGUUGUUUUCAAAGUCACCAAGUAGGUUUUUAAACAUCACUGAUGCUGCUUGUGUUUGACAGAGUGACGUUCAAGUUCCCCCACUCAUCUGUCGUCAUUCCUCUCAUUUGCUCUUGUCCAUAACUUCUGUUUCAUAAAAAAAAAAAAAGCCAAGAAUUUCUGGAUUCAUUUGUUGUUUUUUUACAGUAUGUCCAUUGAUUUGAUUUUCCCUCUCUCUCGUUCUUCUUUGCAGCCACCUAAGCCCAGCGACUGUGCUCCCCUUUACUUGCAGAAACUUUGGUUGUGUUGUGUUGUGCGUGUGUGUUUUGGGCCGCACAUCUUACAGGAGCUGCAUGUCAGUGAAGUCAUGUGAAGACGGGGCUCGUUAAAGUUCAUACGUCCUUUUUGUAGAAACGGCAAUACGUAAAAUGUCUGAUGUAAAAUUAGCCAGUCCCCCCAUUCUCCUGCAUGAAGAGCCUUAGAUUACAAAUGCGAUGUCAUCUUUUAGACUGAGAUCUUAGUCCUGUGUACAGUAACUUGUACAUGAUUCCAUUGUGCAUGUCCGCUCAGACAUCUUUUACCUGACUUAGACCAUGUAUAGUGUUGGUAUAUAGAAUAAAUGACAUUCGUCAGAUAGUACAAAUGUUAAAUAAGCUCAAAAAACACAGUUCAUCUUUCCUAAGGAAAUACUUUUAUGGGAUAUUAAAAAAACCAAACAGACUGUUUUUCUUUUGUUUCUUCGUUUUUUUGGCGACAUGUUUGGAGCAGAUCCUUUUGUCAUACGUGCAGGGGUGCAUGUGUGUUACCAUGACGACGGCAGACAGACCCUCCACUGGCAUCUCUUGCCAAACUGCUGUACUGUAUUUUCAGAGAUGAUUGUAUGAUGUAUCACAUGAACUUUGGUUUCAGGUAAAUAAAACUGUCAUACAUUA